AUGAAAUCAGACUUCAAAUUUUCGAAUCUAUUGGGUACAGUGUAUAGACAGGGAAACCUUGUGUACACCAGCGAUGGGAAAAAGUUGUUAUCGCCCGUAGGCAAUAGAGUAUCAUGCUUUGAUCUCAUUAACAAUAAGUCAUUUACUUUCAACUAUGAACACAGAAAGAAUGUCAGAAGAAUUACUCUUAAUAAACAGGGAACUUUGCUUCUCAGUGUGGAUGAGGAUGGAAGGGCUAUCUUGGUAAACUUUGUAUCUCGAAUAGUAUUACAUCACUUCAACUUCAAGGACGCUGUCAAUGAUUUGCAGUUCAGUCCAAAUGGUGAGUACUUUGCUAUAGCCAUGGGUAGAUUUAUACAAGUAUGGAAGACACCCGACUUCACUGAAGAUAGACAGUUUGCUCCAUUUGUGCGUCAUAGAAUCUAUUCGGGCCACAAUAAUGAUGUUCUCUCAGUCACUUGGUCAAAUGAUCUGAGGUUCUUCAUCUCUACUUCGAAAGAUAUGACAUCCAAGAUCUUUUCAUUGCUGAGUGCUGAGAAAGAUGUAGCCAUGACGUUGGCAGGACACAGAGACUACGUGAUAAAGGCAUUCUUCAACGAAACACAAGAAAUCAUUUACACUAUUAGUAAAGACGGUGCCUUAUUCCAAUGGGAAUAUACUGAAAAGCCAACCGAUGGAGAUAGUGAAGAUGAAGAUGAUGAAAAUGAUAGCGAUGACGAAGAAUCGGAGUCGCUGAAAAAACCAAUGAGUUGGAGAAUUACUGCAAAGAACUUCUUCCAUUCAGAUGCCAGGGUAAAGUGUGCCACAUUCCAUCCUAAAUCGAACUUGUUGAUUGUUGGAUUCAGCAACGGUGAAUUUAGGCUCUACGAGUUGCCUGAGUUCAACUUGAUUCAGCUGUUGAGCAUGGGACAAAACUCAGUCUCUACGGUAAACAUCAAUGCUACUGGUGAAUGGUUGGCGUUUGGAUCAUCUAAAUUGGGCCAAUUGUUGGUAUAUGAAUGGCAAUCUGAGUCUUAUAUCUUAAAGCAGCAGGGCCACUUCGAUCUGAUGAAUGCUCUUUGCUACUCCCCUGAUGGAUCUAGAGUAGUGACUGCAUCUGAUGACGGUAAAAUUAAAGUUUGGGAUGUAGUAAGUGGGUUCUGCCUUGUCACUUUCAGUGAGCAUACAUCAAGUGUUACUGCUGUGCUGUUUGCCAAGAGAGGACAAGUCUUGUUCUCAGCUUCAUUGGAUGGUACUGUCAGAGCAUGGGAUCUCAUUAGAUUUAGAAAUUUCAGAACAUUCACAGCAACUGAAAGAAUUCAGUUCAAUUCGUUGGCUGUCGAUCCCCUGGGAGAAAUUGUUGUUGCUGGUUCCCAAGACACCUUCGAAAUUCAAAUCUGGUCUGUACAAACCUCACAAUUACUUGAUACUUUGGCAGGGCAUGAGGGCCCAAUUUCAUGUUUGAGUUUUGGUAAUGAGAAUGGUUCUAUCUUGGCAUCAGCUUCAUGGGAUAAAACGAUCAGAAUUUGGAAUAUUUUUGGUAGAUCUCAACAUGUUGAACCUAUCGAAAUUCACUCCGAUGUUUUGAGUAUCGCUAUGAGACCAGAUUCUAAGGAAAUAGCAGUUUCCACUUUAGAUGGUAAUAUUAGUAUAUGGGACAUCGAAGAUGCUAAGCAAUUACAUUUAAUUGAUGGUAAGAAGGAUAUAAUCGGUGGUAGGUUUUUGGAGGAUAGAUUCACAUCUAAAAACGCCGCUAGAUCUAAGUUUUUCACGUGUAUUGGAUACUCUUUUGAUGGGUUGACCUUAGUUGCUGCUGGUAACAACAAUUCCAUCUGUAUGUAUGAUAUUUCUAACGAGGUAUUGUUGAAGAGAUUUACAGUUUCUCAGAACAUGCAACUUAAUGGUACAUUGAAGCAGUUAAACAGUAGUAGAUUAACUGCUAAUGGGGAAUCACUAGACUUAAUUGAUAGAGAUGGUGAAAAUUCUGAUUUAGAAGAUAGAUUAGAUAUUACAUUACCUGGUUCUCACAAGGGAGAUCCUAGUUUGAGAAACGUUAGGCCAGAAAUUAGGGUUACCUCGAUUGUGUUUUCUCCAACUGCUGCUGCCUUUGCAGCAGCUUCAACUGAAGGGUUAUUAAUUUACUCAGUGGACGAAACAAUUUUGUUCGAUCCUUUCGAUUUGGAUGUGGACAUCACACCAGAAUCAACAUUAGAAAGUUUAAAAGAAAAGGAGUACCUUACUGCUUUGAUCAUGGCUUUCAGAUUAAAUGAAGACUACUUAAUUCACAGAGUUUAUGAAACUAUCCCAGUCAAUGACAUUAAAUUGGUCUCGCAGGACUUACCUAUAGUUUACUUGGACCGUUUAUUGACAUUUAUUGGUAAAUUGGUUAUGGAAUCAUCUCACUUGGAAUUCAACUUACUCUGGGUUCAAAGUUUAAUUACGAGCCAUGGAAAGUACAUAAAUGCCCACAAGCAUCUAUUUUCGUCGUCAUUGAAGUCUAUUCAAAGAUUUUUAGCCAGAUUAGCUAAGGAUGUCGUGUUAGUAUCGAAGAGAACUGGAUAUUUGCAGAGCUACCUCACUCAAGAGACGAGAGAACUUGACACUUAUGUCGAAGAAGAAGAAGAACAUGAAAAUGAUGACGAAGAAAUGGAUGAAGAUGAAGAACAAGAGCACAAUGAUAAUGAUGAUAGCGAUAGUGAUGGCGAAGGUUGGUUGGGAGCUGCAAACGGCAAGAAGGCGAGCAAUGCAUUCGAGGAAGAGGGAGAGUCUGAUUCCGACGAGGAAAUGGAUAGUAAUUGA